GCACGUGGCGCGUGGCAUCUACUGACUGCACGAAAAUGGAGGCCUCGCCGAGCAAAAAAAUGAAAAUGGAUAACUCCACAAACAUGUUUGACUUGCCAUUGAAUAUUGUCAAUAUGAUAUUCAAAAAACUUUCCGAUGAAGACAAGCAACAAUUCGCGAAAGUGCAUCCGCUGUACAAAACAGCACUGCGAGAUCAGAAUGUUAAGCCACUAACUGAUAUUUUUCCAUAUUUCGGCACACCAUCUGUGCUCUGUCCUUUUCUCAAAUUCUCUAAGCAUUGUGCCACGAUUGUUUUGUCCCUUGUACUGCACCGUUCUCCCCAUUUAACAUCUAUUGUUGUGUAUGCAGACGAUUCAGACCUCGAAGUUGUCGAAUGGGUGUUGGUCAGAAUGAAAUAUCUCGAAACACUGGAACUGCACAUACUUGGCGAUGACAUCGAGAAAUAUACUCAAAUGCUGCAUAAGCUACCAAAUUUGUAUGGACUAAAACUACACGCUAAGGGAAUGGCUAAAGGUGUGUUUCCAAAAAUGAAAAAAGAAAUUGACAUUUAUAAAAUAUGUUUGCCAAUGAAAAAACUACGCACCUUCGGCGCCUAUGGAUUUUGUAUAAACUGCACUCAAGGUGUGACAUUGCACUCCCCAGAACUGAAAACACUGAUAAUGAAUGGCUGCGAUAUAUCAGAUAUGCCGAUCUUGCCGAGCGUUACGGAAAUGAUUUCAAGUUUUAAUAAAUUGUUGCCAAAUGAGGAAUAG